AAAUGCAUUAUGUAGCAUUUGGCACAACAGUCCAACUCAAGCUGGUUUGCGCACCUCGCUAGAUUGCACACAUUUCUGGUUCUCCAUCUGGCGUCUGGUUUCUGAACAUCUCCAUUGAAGGACGUUUUGACAAUUGUAUUGACGCGGCAUAAUGCACCUCAUGGCCAGCUCUGUUGUGCAACCGUCGAGCUGCAGAUGAUAAAGCUGAGUUGUGUGAACAGUCUUCCAUGCACUUUGGAUUGCGACUUCAUUCUCCUCCACUUUCUUCAGACCGUCCAGACAUUCAUCCAGUCAGGAGGGUCUAGUCCGAUGCCGGGGGCAUCCGAUGACGGGCCUGCUGCUGACAUCACCGCAGAUCAGGUGAUGCAGCUGAUUGGGGCGCCCCGCAUGUGCCAGGUCCAACGACUAGAUGGUGGCACACUCAUCAGCUAUUCGGAGGUUGGUGACUCUCAGGGUACCCCUGUGGUCAUGUUUACGGGUAUGGGUGGAAACCGGCUGUACGGCCUUUUCCUGGAAGAAGCGCUGUGGAAACUGCACCUGCGCUUGAUCUGUGUGGAUCGGCCCGGGAGGGGGAAGACAACACCUGUGGCGCCAAAAGAUCUUAAUGUGUUGGACUUUGCCGACUGUGUGCUUGAGCUGCUGGACCUCCUGGGCAUUGACAAAUUCGGUGUGAUGGGUCACUCGUGCGGCUGCUUAUUUGCGGCUGGGUUGGCGGUCCGCGCACCAGAGCGGGUGCGGGGCCGCAUGGUGUUUCUGGCGCCGUGGAACCUCGUCAGCUGCCCGGCUGUCCCCUGGAAGAUGAAGAUGCUGCGCCAUCUUCCUGGAGAAAUCGUCGCUUACGGCAGCUCGCUCCUGUCUUCCAUGGUCGGCAAGUCUGCCGGGUCCGGCUUUCAGGAUUCCUUCGGGCGAAAGUUCACGCGCGAAAUGAGCGACGAGGAGCGGGCGUGCGUGUCUUCGCCGCGCGGAGCCGAGCUACAGAAGCAGUCGAUGGCGCUUACCAUGGCCGAGGGGGGUCAGAAGGCCAUGACCAACGACAUGCUGUUCUGUUUAGAAGUGUACCGCCCGAGCGAUGUACACUAUGAAGACGUCAGCGUACCCGUGAUUGUCUAUCAUGGCGACAGAGACACCGUGGUCCCAUCCGCGGGGGCGUACAAACUCCUGGGACCCGCUGCCCAGCUCAACUUUCCGCUGUCAGAGGAGGAGAAGGCCGCGCUGGAUGGCAUGUCAGAAGAGGAUUUUCUGGCGUCUGUGAAGAAGAGGUCUGUGGAGAGGAGCUUUUCAAAGGGGACCUCAAAGUACAGAGGCGUCAGUUUGGAGAGCGGAAAAUGGGCGGCGAACAUCCGCAUCAAGGGGGUAAAGAGACGCAUUGGGAAGUUUCACACUGAGGAAGAGGCUGCGGCCGCUUAUGAUGCCGCUUUGAUCGAGCGAGACGGCCCGGGGGCUCUGACAAACGCUGCUUUCCCCUCCGGCUUCUCCAAGGAGGCUCUGAAGGAGAACCUGAGGCUUCAAGCUCAGCGAAGACGGGAACUAGACUUGGAAGAUGAGCAGAAGGAUGCGGAAGACGAUGAGCAAGAUGAAGACGAACUUGGACGAGCAGAUGUCGGGAAGCACAAGAGCAGGAAAGAGAGACUUCGCAAAAGGCAAGCCGUCAGGGAAGGUGGCCUGGAUGGCACCGAAGGUACGGAGCAGGCGCAAACUGGAGCAGCAGAUGGCGAGACGACUGAAGAAGCUGCCCAUGGUGAGGACUGCAAGGAGGCAGACAGCGGGACCUCGGACACAGAGUCAGAGGCCAGCGACGACGAGUUGGACCUUUCAGAGGACGACGAGGAACCCACUCCAGAAGAACUUGCAAUGGAUGAGCAAGUCUGGCGGCCGACUAUUUACAGCGAGCAUUUUCUGAGACUGGGCGCUGCCGCUGAGGCCAGGGGCCUGCGCGUACCAGCGGAACUGAGCAGGCAGAUCAAGGAAUGGAAGGAUAUAAUGUCAGCCGAGAAGGCAGAAAGUGGUUCUGAGGCACAGAGUACACAGGGCGGAGAGUUUACUGGGCUUGGCCCUUUCGGCAACUGGCCGUUCGACGAGGAGCUCCUGAGCCACGCCGUCUUCAUUCAAGACCUGGACACCGACGUCAUCAGAGUUGACGUCAGCCGGGCGGCCUUCGAGGCGGCCGAAGCGCGGGGCAUCUGCAGAAAGAGUGACGUCAUCGGAGGAUUAUACAAUCUGAAUCAGGCGGAGCGUCAUCAAGAGGACGGGGAGGAGUCAGAGUGGCCAUUCCAGCUGAGAGAAGGGGCUUUGGAAGGCAUCACUUCAAUCACGGAAAAGCUGGAAUACAGAAGAAAUACUGCGAGUGAAGUGGGCGACAAUCCGAUGGCAGCGUUCCUCGAAGGAAUGUACGACGAGUUCACCGACCAGGAUCCAAAUUCCGGCGCCGGCCAAGCCACCCUCGAGUUCCUGGAUGACGUCAUGGCAACCGGUUGGGACUGCUACCUGAACCCGCGCCCGGGGCGAGACCCGCGGAUCAUGGACUUUGAGCCAGGGUUUAAGCGGACCGACGCGGAGCACGCGGCCGCGAUGCGCGCGCUGAAGCCGCCCGCGCCGCUGAUGGCGCGUCUGGUGGAGAAGGAGGAGAGGAGGACGAAGAAACGGGAGCGGCGCGGCAGAAGUGAAGCGGUUGAUGAGUUCUCCGCGGAUCCACAGGAGGCUCCCGCGUUUCCCUGGGGCAACGCUGCGGAAGAGCAGCGACCGGAAGACGUCUCGGAAGAGGAGUGGAGCGAGGAGGACGAGCGCGAGGCGAAACGUCGGAAGAGAGAGUGGGCACAGGGCUACUACACAAAAGAGGACCGCAAGAAGGGGUGGACGCGUGCAGCCGUCGAUCUCGCCGAGAAAGUGUACGGAACGAAAGACUUUGGGCUGGUUCGUCGCCAGCUGUGUGCGCUACUGGAAGGCCGCCCGCGCGAAGAGAAGGCGCCUGACUCAACCAAGCCGCCCCCAGAGAAGGCUGAUCCUGACGACCCAGCCUUGCGCAGAGAGCCGUGA